UCUUGCAUUGAACUUGUAACGAAGGUUAUCAGAACCUUUGUGUACUGUCGCGCUCGAAUCUCACCUAAUAGUGUUAAUUUUCUUUUAGAUCUUUGUAACAAUUUAUUAGGGGAAACAGAGUGCAUAAAAAAUGAAAAUAAUAUUUUGUUUAUUAUUUCUGUUUGGUGGUUUUUCAUUCGGUCAUUGUGACAUCGAUGCUCGUUUAAAGAGAUUAGAAAAGCUUGUUAAUGAGCAUAUCAUGGACCAAGUAGUGUUUAAAGAGAAACUAAAUGUUCUUGAGGAAAGCGUGUCAGAUUUGAGUGAAGCUUUAUCAAAUGUAGCGGAUCCAGAACAACGAUCAGAAACUGAAGAACAGAAGAAUAGCUACGAUCUAAAACAUUCCCCGGCAUCGUUGGAGAAGCGUGUAUCGAAAAGAGUUUCUGCCGGAUAUGUCGCGUUCCACGCCUACCUCAGCUCAUCUCGUCACUAUAGCAACCACGAGAUAAUUAUCUUCGACAGAUACACGGUGAAUGAAAAGUCAGGCUACACUUCAGUAGAUGGUAUAUUCAAUACCCCCGUGUCCGGAGUCUACGUUUUCACUUGGACCAUCACUGUCCCGUCUCAAGGUCAAAGGAUCGUUACAGAGCUCAUUGCACGUGGGUCUGUAAUAGGCGUUCUGUCGUCAGAUUCGGACAAAGGCGACGUGUCUGUUAGUGGGGUACAUCCAGCGACGGCUUUUGUCGUGGCACAUGUCAGUGCUGGUUAUAACGUGUUCGUCCGGGUGCGAAGCGUUGAUAGUGGUAACGGAAAUGUUCUGAGUGAUGACUUUAACGUCCGUUCUUCGUUUUCGGCAUGGCGUCUGUUUUGAUUUUGUUUACUGUCACUCUUUUUUUGAUUUAGAUAAACAACUUAUUCAAAAUAA